AUGAAAUAUUGUCAAAAUUGCCAAGGCUUCCGGGAAAGUUUAACCAAUAAUAAAACUUGCUUGGAAUGUAGCCAAAGUUCUCUGGUUAGUCUAAGUAGCCAAAUAAAUAAACUAGAAAAAUCAAUUGCUCAACUUAUUGAAAAAGUUAAGAAGGAAAAAAUUGAAGAACAAUUUAUUCAGGAGCUUCAAGGAAUUCAUCAAGUUUGCCAAGAAUUCCAAGCCAUCCAGAAAACCGAAGAGGAAAAUAAUCUUGCUGUCCAGAAAUUUGGUCAAGAACUCAUUGAUAAACUUCUCCAAGAACUUAAUAGUCGACAAAUUCGCAUAGUCAAUUGGGAAACUAGACAAGCAGUAGUUAGUUCUUUUCGAGAUAAUGGAGAGUUAAGCCGAUUAAUUGCUAAUGAACUAGAAGCCAAGCUGCAAAAUCUUCGCGGUGAAUUAGGAGCAAAAUUAGAAAACUUGCCUCAGGAGUUAAGAGCUAAACUGAACCUUGAAGUAGAACAAAUGUUUAGUCAGGAAAUUCAGAGUCUAAUGGGUAGUUUAACCGGAAAACUUGACCUUGCUAAUUUAGCCUCGGGGAGUAAUUCCGAAGUGGCAGCUAUGUAUAGACAGUUAAUUGAAGAUUUAAAAGCCGGACAUGAAGAUUACAAAACACUCAAAGAAAACUUAAUUGAAGAGAUUAGAACAGCCAAAAAUCAAGCCCAACAGGCUCUCGUUAGCGAGCAAAUUGAACAUGUCAAAACUAAGCAAAAUAAAGAAGAUUUAAUUCAACAGAUUAAACAAGUUCUGGGCUUAGACAAAAAAGAUGAGUUAGCCGAAAAUUGGAUCACCCAAAUAGUUAAGCAAGAAGAAUUAGUUCAGGAGCAAGCUGCCCAUAACUUAACUAAGGAAAAAUAUCAAAAUUUACAGACUUCUUAUUCUUCCUUAACCAAAGAAUUACAAACCGAAAAAGAUAAUCAUGCCAAAACUAAUUCCGCUUUAAUUACGGAACAAACCGAACAUAAAAAAACCAAAGAACAGUUAGCAGCUGAAAAAGAAGUUCUUCAAAAACUCCAAACUGAAUUUGAAAAAGAAAAACUGGCAGCAGAGGAAACAAUUCGCUUGGCUAAUGAAGCAAAAGAGGCAGCUAUUCAAGAAAAAAACGAAGCCGAAGUAGCCCGGGAAGCUAGCCAAAAGUCAGUUACGGAACUAGAAAAACAAUUAACUGAAAAGGAAAAUAAAAAUAAUGAAUUAACGACUCAGUUUGCUGAAAAAGAUCAACAAAUAAAAGAGUUACAAAACAAUAAUAAUUCACUUACUGAAAAUGUUAAAGAAUUGAAAGAAUGCUUAGAAAAUUAUCAAAAAUACUUGCACAGCCAAAUCCAAGAAGCUGAGGAAGCUUUAACUGCCCCAUUCUUUACCGAAGUGCAACAACAAGAAAUCGGUCAAGAAAAACAAGAAUAUGAGGCUAAAAUCUUGCAAAUAGAACAAUUUAUUAGAAAGGUUAAGUUAGCGGUCGAAGUUAAUGAAUUAGUAAAGAAAUACGAAGAAGAUUUAAAAGCAUCCCACGAAGCAAUCCGUUUGGCAGAAGAAACCAAAACGGAAAUAGAAAGUAAGUAUGUUCAGGAAAGAUUGAUUAAAGAGCAAAUUUUACAGGAAAAGGAAGAAUUAGAGACAAAAUUAAAACUAGUUAAUAAGACCGGGAAAAAAGCUGAAACUACCCUGGAUAUAGCCGAAGAAUUAAGCGAAAGUGUAGGCAGUGAAAAAGAAGAAGUACAACCAACACUUCCCGAAAUCACUGUUGAUGAUUACGAAUCCGAGAAAGAAGAGUCUUUAGAAGGUGAAAAAAAACAGUUAGAGCAAGCAGUAAAGGACUUACAAAAAAAAGGCGUUGACGAAAAUGAGUUAGCUACCAGUCAAGCAAACUUACAGGCUAAGAAAAAAGAAUUAGAAGAGUUGCGAAAUCAAUUUGAACAAGAGAAAACAGCUUGGGAAAAACUUAUGUUAAAAAAAGAAGUUGAAGCUCAGCAACAGAUUCAACAAUUACAAGAUGAAAGAAAUCGCUUAGCCGGAGAAAAGCGAAUUUUAGAGGAGUUGUUGGCCGAAAGAAAAGCAGAAUGCCAAGAAAUAAGCAACCAAUUGACCGAAAAAGAGAAAGAAUUGCUAAAAACUAAACUUGGGCAAGAAGAAUUAGAAACUUUACGAGCUGAAAAGGCUAGAUUAGAAGGAGAAUUAAGAGGAGCAGAAAAAGACCAAACUCGCUUAGAAAACAAGUUAGGGGAAACUGAACAAGAGUUACAGACCAAUCAAAAAGCCGAAGAUUUAUUAUUACAAGAGCAGUUACAAGAAAGUGAUUUAUUGUUAACAGUUAGUUCCACCGAAGUUAAAGAAAAAACUUUAAAAGAAAAGUAUCCUGCCCAAGAAGAAUUAAUAGGUUUAGAAAAUCGAGUUAAUCCUAGACCUAAGACUAAGGAAAUUUCCGAAGCGAAGGAAUUGAUUGAAAAGCAAGUUAAAUCACAACCAACUUCUAGUUCGAUGAAACGUAGUGGCAGUGCUAGUCCAAUGCGAAGACAAUUAAGUAAUCCUCAGCAAGCACGAAUUCAACAAAGUGAAUUACCGCCUUUUUUUAAGAAAGAUUAA